AGAUGGCAGCAGAAACUCAAACAGCUGCCGUUCUUCUCAGUCGCCCAGGGGUAGACAAACCACCAUCCGAAUCGAACUUCACUCUGGAAAGAAGAGCAAUUCCAAAAUGCAAAGAGGGAGAGAUCUUGGUGAAGACACUGUAUUUAUCCGUUGAUCCAUACAUGAGAUGUAGAAUGAAUGAGGAUUCUGGAACAAGCUAUCUGACACCGUGGUCUAUCGGGGAGUCACCCAGCGGUGGAGGUGUGGGUCAGGUGAUUGAGAGCAGAAGCGAGAAAUUUCACGCAGGGGAUAUCGUGCAAUCGGGUGGAUGGCCAUGGCAAGAAUUUUCAACUUUUCCUGUGACUGCAAACCCCACAUUGCAAAAGGAAGAAAGUGGAUAUCUUUGUACCAAUCCAUCUCUGUUGCUGGGAAUUGUGGGUUUGACUGGACUGACAUCAUAUAUUGGCUUAAAAGAAAAAGCACACAUUAAGCCUGGUGCCAAUCAAGUCAUGGUAAUCAGUGGUGCUGCUGGGGCUUGUGGGAUAGCUGCAGGGCAGAUUGCAAAGCUGGAAGGCUGUGGUGUUGUUGUUGGAAUAUGUGGUACUGAUGAAAAGUGCCGCUUCUUGACAGAAGAGAUGGGCUUUGAUAUAGCAAUUAAUUACAAGACCACAGAAAACAUUAGUGAACAGUUGCAAAUGAAAUGUCCAGCAGGAAUUGAUGUUUACUUUGACAAUGUUGGAGGUGAAAUAAGCAAUGAGGUUAUUCGCUGCAUGAACAAGGACAGUCACAUCGUAUUAUGUGGGCAGAUUUCACUUUACAACAAAGAUGUCCCUUAUCCGCCCCCAAUACCCCAGGACAUUCAAGACAUACUGCAAACCAGGAAUAUAACACGUGACCGUUUCCUGGUGUUAAAUUACAUGGAAAAGUUCCCGGAUGGAAAGAAACAACUGGAGUCUUGGGUACGAGAGGGAAAGCUAAAGAACCGUGAGACGAUCGUGGAGGGCCUGGAGAACACUGGGAAGGCGUUUGUUGAAAUGAUGCGUGGUGCGAACAUUGGUAAACAGAUUGUGAAAGUGGCAGAAAAAGUGCUUUGAAUAUGGUAGUUUUUUCAAGUUUUACUCUGUCACGAUGUGAUCACGCCUAUGAUUAAUUAUAGAUCUUCCACGCAAUUGCUUUUUAAAUGAAAGGACUUUGAUAAACUAGUAUUUUACACGAAUAUUUAUGUAUGAUAAACGACCGAAGAUGUUUAUAAGUGUUGUUUACCUCACAGAAGAAAAAAAUUAUAAUGAACAAAUAGAAUAGAAAUAAAUAGAACCAAAAUUCGGCGACGUUUAGGGACUAACUUAUCCUUCUUGCUGUUAAAAAAAAUUGUCUGAAGUUUUCAAGUUUUAAACACUUUUCUAUCGUACAGUUUCAAUCGCCUUCCUCCAUAAUGGAUCCUUAUUGGCUUAUUGAUAUGAUUUAUAGAUUUUAAAGCCAGCUACAGCAUUAGCUGGAGGAACAAUCACCAAAGGGCCAAGAAAUCUUGCAACCCGUAAAAUCAGCCUAGUUUAUCCGUUGUACGAUUAAAGAUGCAUGCCGGUCUUAAUUUUUCGUUGCCAAGCUAUCUGAAGGCUUUUAUCACAUGUGCCAGAAAAAUCGAUUUAAAAUUCAAAUUAAAACCCUGUUAUGUACGUCAAAUGCUGAUUCGUAGCAGAGGUUGGAGGUGUAUUCCUCUCUUUAUGAUAAUACCAGCAGGAAUGACAUCUUGAUAGAAACUACCUGCUUUUUUACAACAGUGUAAAGAAAACAGUCGCUGAAAGCAUCGAGAAAAUCUCGGAAAAACCCACAGUGUCCUACCAAAAUUAUAUAUGCCAGUUGUAAUACGGAUGCAAUCAGCUGAGAAAAGCGAUGAACAUAAGAGCCCCAUGGCCGGACCGUCCACAGAGAAUGAUCUUUAUAUGCAGAAAAAACGCCGGUCUAGAGACAUCACAGAACUGAAAGCCGAAGCUGAGGGCUUGAAAGAGUCCUUGUCGAGUCUUACUACGGAAGGUGAAAAAUCAAAAGCGAAGGAAAGGGCAGUAUAUUUUGAUGACCUGUUCCAGUUUUUAGAGACUACUAAUGUAAAAAUGGACAGAAAAGUGCUAGAGCACAUUAUGGAACUUUUAAAACUUGAUGUACACCCAGACAAUAUUGUAGAAUUGCUAACAACAGUGAUGGCAAUGAAGAAUGAAAAGGUUAUUUUCAUUUGAGGGCGAACGCUGAGUAAAACAGUGAACUUCGUCUUUGCUGGGAUCACGAACGUCUCCAGGAUGUUUAUUUUAAAUUUGAUUAACGAGGAAUAAUUAUUUUUAUUGUUGUAAUCAAUUGCAAGACAGGGUUUUUCAACGUUCUUUUCUGUAUUUUUGUGCGCAAGAUCUUACUCAUGUACAAUUUAUUCAAAUGCAGUAAUUUCUUAAUCCGGUUUUUAGUUUUUUUUUUGGUUUUUAAUCGCAGUAGAAUAUAGGCUGGUCAAAUGUGUACCUUAAUAAAACUUGAAUAAACAGU